AUGAGACUCGUCAGGCCCUUUCGGGUCAUUCCCGCCCCUUGGUCGCGGAUCGCAGCUCGCCAGUCCAUCCUAGCCCGGGGUGGAAGACCGAAGAAUAGCUCCAAUGAGGGCGAAAAGGAGAAAGAGCAGAAAGAGCAGAACAAUGACUCGUCCUCGUCGGGCCCCGAGUCCCCCUGGACGCCGAAAAAUGCUAUGCUGGCCACUGGAUUGACUGCGGGGGCAGGCUACGGGUACUCUUCCUACAAAUCAAAGCCACCGAACUAUGGUUCAGCGAAGGAUUUCGCUCGGGCCGUCACCGAAUUAAAAGCCCUCCUCGGCGAAGACUCCGUCAGCACCGAAGAAGACGAGCUCCAUCACCACGGCUACUCAGAAUGGUCCAGUUUGAACGCAGAACGUCUUCCGUCCGCUGUGGCCUACCCCAAAACAACGGAGGAUGUCUCUGAGAUCGCCAAGAUAUGCACCAAGUACCGCAUGCCCAUGAUUCCCUAUUCGGGCGGCUCAAGUCUGGAGGCGAACUUCUCCGCACCGUACGGCGGUCUGACCAUCGACUUCGCGUUCAUGAACAAGGUCCUGGAUAUCCACCCGGACGACAUGGAUGUCGUGGUUCAACCGUCCAUUCAGUGGAUGAGUCUCAACGAGCAGAUCAAAGGGACCGGUCUGUUCUUCCCCGUGGACCCCGGCCCAUCCGCCAUGAUUGGCGGUAUGGUGGGUACGAACUGCAGCGGCACCAAUGCCGUUCGCUACGGUACCAUGAAAGACUGGGUGAUCAAUCUGACUGUGGUCCUGGCUGACGGAAGGAUCAUCAAAACGCGGAGACGUCCGCGCAAGACCUCCGCCGGGUACAACAUGACUGGACUCUUUGUGGGAUCUGAAGGCACAUUGGGUAUUGUGACCGAAGCCACGUUGAAGUUGGCGCCCUUGCCGGAACAGACUCGUGUUGGGGUCGUGGCAUUCCCGUCGAUUCGGGAUGCCGCUUCCACGGCGAUGCAGUUGAUCCGGAAGGGCGUUCCCGUGCAGUGCAUGGAGAUCAUGGAUGAUGUCCAGAUGGAUGUUAUCAACCGGGCCGGAGGCACGGGUCGUGAUUGGAAGGUCUCGCCGACGCUUUUCUUCAAAUUCUCCGGAACCACUGCCGGGGUGGCGGAUAGUAUCAAUUUGACAACGCAGUUGGCUCAAGACAACAAGGCGGAGUCAUUUGAAUUUGCUCGCGACGAACAGGAGGCUCAUAAUCUGUGGUCGGCGCGGAAGCAGUCACUAUGGAGUAUGAUGGCGCUGCGAAAGGAGGGCUCAGAGGUGUGGUCGACAGAUGUGUCAGUGCCCAUCUCGAGACUGCCUGAUAUCAUUGAAAUUUCCAAGAAAGAACUUGUUGACCUCAAUCUGUUCGCGAGUAUUCUUGGCCACAUUGGAGACGGAAACUUCCACGCAAGUAUCAUGUAUGAUCGGAACGACCCCGCCGAGCUGGCUCGGGUCAAGAAGGUCGUUUAUGAUAUGGUUGAUCGUGGACUAGAGAUGGAAGGAUCCUGCACAGUAUGCCAACUUCCUCAGACAAAGAUAACCGCUAAUCUAUUACAGGGUGAACACGGCGUUGGACUGGGCAAGAAGGGAUCAUUGCGAAAGGAAGUUGGGCCAGAGACGAUCGAACUCAUGCGCGGCGUGAAGCGCUCCAUGGACCCCAAUUGGCUAUUGAAUCCUGGCAAGAUCUUCGACUACUACGACGAUGGCAACGGUCCAGGACAUUAG